AUGAACACUCCUCGAGAAAGAAGCGGCGGUCGGAAAAGAAAAAGAGACGCUCGUUUGUGGGAUGUGAUUGUAAAUAACGACGAUAUUUGUUUCACACAUGUGCUUCCGAGGUUGAAUGCGACGGAUGUGAAAUUCUUGUACGAGGUGAAUACAGAGACGAGAAAGUUGAUUAAGAGAUCAUCUCGCGAGGGGGAGUUGAAGAAGAAGUUUAAAAUAGAAGAGAUGUCGUCGAUAUCGACUUUGGAGUUAGCGUGGGAGCAUUGUCCGUGGGGUACGUUGAUAAACUACAACCAAAGGAUGAACGAAACAUAUUUCUGCCGUGAAGUUGCUUACACGAAUAAACUCGAAUUGCUCAAGUGGAUACGAGAGGAGAAAAAGUGUACGUGGAAUUCAAGGACGAUUAAUGUGGCCGCACGUCAAGGUAAUCUGGAAAUGGUAAAGUAUUGCGUGGCAAAUGAGUGUCCUAUCGAUGCGUUUGCGUGUGCAUGUGCUGCCGAAAACGGUCGUCUCGAGUGCCUCAAAUACUUACGCGAAGAAGCGAAAGUGCCUUGUGAUGCGACUACUGCCUAUCGGGCGGCUUCAAAUGGUCAUCUCCACAUACUCGAAUAUCUUGUCGAGCGUAAGUAUGAUCAAUUUGACGUAGAUGCGUGUCGGGGGGCAGCCAUGGAGGGCCAAUUAGACUGUUUGAAGUACUUGCGCGAAACCGCCAAAGCGCCUUGGGACCUUAUGGCGGUAUAUUUUGCGCACGAAUACAGCCGACCCGAAUGUGUACAAUACCUCCUCGACAACAACUGUCCUAUACCAGAUGGUUGGCGAUACGAAGACGGAAAGUUACACGUGCCAGAAUCAGAUUCAGAAUUAGAUUCAGAAUCAGAAUCAGAGUUAGACUUCGUUGAAUAA